UCCUGUUCUAUCCCGCAGCGAGAAACAAAGAGGGGGAAAACUUCUUCCAGAGUUUGUCGCUUAAAUAAAAUAACAAACUAAGCAAGUUUCUCAGUUCAGUUUCAACAGCACACUGAUAAUCAAGGUAGAAUGUCGACAGUCGGUCAAGUUAUAACAUGCAAGGCAGCAGUCGCCUGGGGCCCCAAGGAGGAGCUGAAAUUCGAGUCCAUCCAGGUGGAGCCCCCAAGGGCCCACGAGGUCCGUAUCAAGAUCCUCUACACGGCGGUUUGCCACACAGACGCCUACACCCUAAGUGGUGCUGAUCCAGAAGGAAUCUUUCCAGUCGUGCUGGGCCACGAAGGGGCUGGAGUGGUCGAGAGUGUUGGAGAAGGUGUAACCAGUGUGAAGCCAGGUGAUCAUGUGAUCCCCUUGUACGUUCCCCAAUGCAAAGAGUGCAAAUUCUGCAAGUCCCCCAAAACCAACCUUUGCCAGAAAAUCCGAGUGACUCAAGGCAAAGGGGUGAUGCCCGAUGGAACAUCUCGAUUCAGCUGCAAGGGCCAAACUUUGUUCCAUUUUAUGGGAACGUCCACCUUUAGCGAGUAUACUGUGGUAGCUGAUAUUUCAGUCGCCAAGAUCAACCCUAAAGCCCCCUUGGAUAAAGUGUGCCUUCUUGGCUGUGGAGUCCCCACGGGAUACGGCGCAGCCCUAAAUACCGCAAAAGUGGAAAAGGGAAGCACUUGCGCCGUUUGGGGCUUGGGAGCGGUUGGAUUUGCUGUGGGGCUGGGGUGCGAAUUGGCCGGAGCAUCCCGAAUCAUCGGCGUCGAUAUUAAUCCCUCCAAAUUUGAAGUCGCCAAAAAGUUCGGGUUCACCGAAUUCGUGAACCCGAAAGACUAUGAGAAGCCAUUGCAAGACGUCCUGGUGGAGCUGACUGAUGGAGGCCUGGAUUACACCUUCGAAUGCGUCGGCAACGUGCAAACAAUGAGACAGGCUUUGGAGGCCUGCCAUAAGGGUUGGGGUGUUUCCACUAUUGUGGGAGUUGCGGCCUCUGGCCAGGAGAUCAGCACCAGGCCUUUCCAAUUGGUUACUGGGCGUGUAUGGAAGGGCACAGCCUUCGGAGGGUGGAAGAGCAUAGACAGUGUCCCCAAACUGGUUGAUGAUUAUUUGGCCAAAAAGGUGAAACUGGACGAGUUCAUUUCACACACCAUGCCAUGGGACCAAAUUAAUGAAGCCUUCCAUUUGAUGCACAAAGGCGAAAGUAUUCGCGCCGUCUUGACCAUCAACAAGGAAUAAUCCAGCUGAAACGCACCGAAUAUCCAUUAUCUAUCUAGUACCAGAUCUAAUACCUGUUGCACCUUCACAAAUAAAGUUUAUUGUUUGUCACUUGA